AGUAAUACAUCAAUUUCAUUACAAAUUUUGUUGAGUUUUAAAAGAAUUAAAGAAAAACCCAUUAAAAUGAAAUUAUUAAUAAAUAUUGUUCUUAUAAUAACCCUAGCCUGCUACUGUCAGGGCUAUAGUUUUGUAAUACCGGCCAGAAUGGGCAUGCCUGGUGUUUGCAUGUUUAAUGGCAUGAUGCUGCAACGUGGUGACAAUAAUAUGCCUUCGUCCUGUCAAAAUAUGCGUUGUAAUGAUGAUGGCACCAUAUUGGUGCAAGGUUGCGGUCAUUAUGAUAUGCGUGAUUGUCGUGUUAUGGAUCCCAUUAAUUUGCACAAACCUUAUCCUGAUUGCUGCAAAAUGAAUUUCUUGUGUAAUAUGGCCAAUGGUCAGGUUUAUAAUCGGGCCGCUUCUCCCUUAACUCAAGCCAUAUAUGAGUAAUAAAACACCGAUACGAAAAAGGAACAUAUGGGCGAAGGCUAAAAUAAAUAAUAAUAAUAAUAAUAAAUUUUAAAAAUAUUCUUUAAAUUUAAUCUAAUAUAAUCUUAUCUAGUUUACAAAAAAUUGCAAAAACUAUUCCAAGUUCACACUUGCACUUGAAUUUCCAUAUCAAAUUCUUCCCUAAGUUCAGAAUAAAUAUGCAUAUUGUUUAAAAUCGUUCAA